AUGACACCAACAAUGACUCGGGGCAUCACUUCUGCCGUGACUUCUGCCGCGAACAGUGCCUCUGAGCCUGUUCGGCCCUCUUUACCCCGCCGCUCUUCUUCCCUGCAUAAACAAGUAAUAGCAAAACUCCGCCCACUGCCGUUCCAGUACCUCUGGUCUGUCUGGCACUCCAAGUCCCAGCUCCAGCCUACCAACAACAACAACAACAACAAUCAUCAUUCACCCGAUUCAUACCAAUUGACAAUGUUGGUCGAUUCGGUCGCUGACAUCGGCACCUUCUACCGCAUUUUCAACAACCUGCCCUGGUCUCAGAUCAGACAGAGAGACAGUAUUCACAUAUUUCGCUCCGGAGUUCAGCCGUUGUGGGAAGACGAGGAGAACCGAAGGGGUGGGCGGUGGUUGAUUCGAGUGCGUCCGGAAGGAGGAAGAGAUGUAAAGUGUUGGGAGGAGAUAUGUCUGUUGUGCUGUGGUGGAGAAUUGCAGGCUGCUAUUGCCCAAGAACGUGACCAUAUCCUCGGAAUGUCCUUCUCGCCUCGACAAUACGUCACACACAUAUCAAUAUGGACCAAAAAGGGUGAUAAUCUGCGCAGUAUCAUGUUAAUGGAACGCGCCAUUCUCGCCGGCUUGUCGCCCAAUCUCAGACCCAAGUCAACCACCGAUUUUAACUACCGGAGACAUGCCGAGAAGAUGGACUUGCACAGCAUGCAAUUGCAAGGUCGACAAUCUCAGGCGCAAGUCCCAUUCUUGCACGCUCCAGUGAGUGUGGGAUCAACAAUAAGACGUUCCACGCCUGCACGCGCUUUGACAGUGACUUGA